CUUCUUAAUGCCUUCAAAUACUUGCUUCACAUUUGCUUGCUGCACCUUAAUUCCCAGCCAAUCCAACAACGCGUUCCUAAUAGUUUCGAACCAGCUACACUCAACAAACAAGUGCUUGGCAGUUUUCAUCACUGAUGAGGUACAUAAACAGCAUGUCACAUCAUCUACCUGAAUGUUUGAUUAGUUUACUUUUAGUUGAGUAAUCUCUCUUUAGCUGCUAACCAUGCAAUAAACCUAUGCCUUGGUCGAGAUAUCGAGUUCCACAUCAAGUUAGCAGAAUCCAAUCGUUCUCCUUUGAGUUCCCAGAGGAGCCUCGUUAUGUCCUUGUGCGAACAAAGAUGACAUUUCACCCUUCAACGAAUUCAGUUUCUUCCAGUACCAACUGCAGUCUUGAAGUCGUCUAUGUUCCCAGAAAGUUGGGUCAUUUUUUAUAGGCAUAAUACAUAAACAUGCCUUUUAACUUGGCCUCAAAUCACAACUAUGACCUUCAACUUUGGUGCGAAUAAGUAGGCACUUAAACUUCUAUAAAGUUGAGCAUGUAAGCACACACGUCCUAUGUGGCAUAAUACACGUAGGACGUCAUAUACGACAAGAAUUGGCCACAUAGGACAUAUGUGUCUACUUGUUUAACUUUAUACAGGUUUAAGUGUCUACUUGUGCACACCAAAAGUUGGAGAUCAUAGAUGUGAGUUGAAGCUAAGUUAAAGGACAUUCAUGUCCUGUGUGUUUUUUAUAUAAAUGCCACACACCCAUUUCAACCUCAAAGAAGUUUUAUCCGCUUCUUACAUGACAAAUCAUGUGAGGUGCAUGCAUUCUACAUGCCAAAUCACGUGAGGUUUUUCAAGUAGGAUGCGUAUAUUUAUUUGUACACGCAAAGUUGGAGGGUGUAGAUGCCAGUUGAGACUAAGUUAAAUGGCUUGUUUAUGCCUAACUCAUUAGUUCUGUUUUCGAGGCUCCCACUGGAGUUUUAAAAACUUAAGCCAUUUAUGAAAAAAAAUUAUUACGUGAAUAUUUAUUAUCAAGAUUCAGUGUUAGAAAACUUCUAUAAGCAUAGGGUAGUUCUGUGCACUAAAACUUUCGCUAUAUAUAGUGUUUGAAAAAGAAUUGAACUACAAGGGACUAUUGUACACAAAUAUUUUGAGUUGUCUCUGUGGCGGUGUAGCCACGUGUCAAGUUUAUGUACUCAUAUAAAUAUAAAAUUUAGUUCAGCUAUGACCCUACCGGUAUUGAUUAUGGGCAAUUUUCAAGCAAACGUUGUAACGACGAUAACAUAGCCAAAUUUCUAGCGGAGCAAAGUUUGACCAUUUUGCAAAGUAUAAGGGCCUUUCUCGAACUUUCUGCAAAUUUUGCAUUACUAUUUUAUUAUUAAUUACUUAUAUAGUUCUCUUCCGCUAAAAAUAAGACUUAUUUUGACUUGGCAUGGAGUUUAACUAAAUAAAAAAGAUUCUUAAAUUUUGUGAUCUUAAGCUAAAGUUAUGUCAAAUGUACUAAAAUAUAAUUACUCUUGUGAUCUUAAACAUAAAAUAUGGAAAGUUGGAGUAGUGUUGCCAAAAGAGAUAGUGAUCAUUUUCCUUCAAACAAACUAAAAAUGAAAGCAGGUCAAUGUUUUUGAAACGGAACAAGUAUUUGUUAAGUUGUUAUAUGUCCCACACAAUAAGAAAUUACGUACAAAAUAGUCAUAGAAUUACUCACUGCAUGGGUCAACUAGAUUGCUUUUUUAAGGAAAAAUGCUCCACUACGUGGCUCCUAAGCUGGAGAUUUAUUGUUUGUUUAUUGAUUAGUCCACAAAGUACCAGUUGCAGGCAGAUAAUAUAUAAAAAAAUUUUGAUUGGUACAGCAAAUUGGCCAAGUUCAUUCUUUAUUAUAUCAAUGAGGUAUAUAUCUAAAUAAUUUCAUAUAUGAGAUAUGAGAAAAGUCUAAGUAUAUGGAGAUAUUGUCUAUAAUCAUCUUUUAAUAACUUUCUCAUCUCAAAAAUAUAAUUGAAGUUAUCAUCCCAAUUUAUCAGAAGCCAACACUUAGUUAUCUAUAAAAUUUAAUACCAUUUUAGUCACACAGAGAUCAGGUAUGGCAUAUUUCUAUUGAUUUAUUUUAAUCUUGAUUACUUGCUCUACUAUAUCUUUUUUUUUUUUUUCAUAUUUAUGUUUUUCAUAUUGAUUACUUGCAGUGAUCAGUUGCUUCUUCUCAAAUUUCUACCAUUAAAAGCUUUCAGGUCAUAAUCGCAAAGGCAAACGUGAAUACAGUAGAUAUGGCUCAUGCAAGUGUGACUUCCCUUAUGAGAACAAUAGAAUCGCUCUUGAUAUCCAAUUCACCAAUGCAAUCUCUAACCUGUGAUCACAGAGAAGACUUUUCUGCUCUUCAUGAAAAGAUUAGUUCCCUCGAAGUAGUUGUCAAGAACUUUGAGAAAAACAAUCUUUCUGGGGAAAUGACAGAUUUGGAAGUAGAGAUAAAAGAAGUUGCAAAUAUUGUUGAACAAACAAUUCAACUAAGAGUAACUGAAGUUGUAUUGGCAAAUGAUGAAAAGACAAAUGAGAGGCUUUCUGAUACCCUGCAAGUAGUAGCAGAGGACAUGGAUCGUAUAUGGAAAGAGUCGACAAAGAUUCAAGAUAAAGGCGAACAAGUAUCAGAGGGAUCAUUGGUUCAAGGUUUUUCAAAUUCAACAAACAAUAUUCUGAAUGCUAAAAACAAUAUGGCUGGACGUGAUGAUCAAAAGGAACACUUGUUAGAAGAUCUAACUACAAGCUACUCUAGUGAACCCAAAGUCAUCCCGAUUGUCGGGAUGGGGGGCAUAGGUAAAACAACCUUAGCAAAAGAAGUUUACAAUCAUGAAUCAAUCCUACGCCGUUUUGAUGUUCGUGCGUGGGCUACUGUAUCUCAACAUCACAACAAAAAGGAAAUUUUGCUGAGCCUUCUGCAAUCGACGAUCAAAAUGGAUGACACGGAUAAGACGAAAGGUGAAUCAGAGCUAGCAGACAUGCUGCAGAAAAGUUUAAAGAGAAAGAGGUACUUAAUUAUCUUGGAUGAUAUCUGGAGUUGUAGAUUGUGGGAUGGCGUGAGACGAUGCUUUCCAACUGAAUACAAUGCAGGGAGUCGAAUACUGCUGACUACCCGUAACAACAAAGUCGCCUGUUAUGCUGGUACAGAGAAUCUUUCUAUGCAGAUGGACUUCAUGGAUCAAGAUGAGAGUUGGGAACCUUUUUAAAAGUGCCGCAUUCUCAAGUGACGCAUUACCAUAUGAGUUUGAGACUGUAGGGAAGCAAAUCGCAGAUGAAUGUCACGGGUUACCACUAACUAUUGUCGUGGUUGCUGGACUUCUCAAAUCCAAAAGGGCAAUAGAAGAUUGGAGAAGUGUUGCGAAAGAUGUCAAGUCACUUGUCACAAAUGAUCCUGAUGAACGAUGUUCACGUGUGCUUGGGUUGAGUUACAAUCACUU